AUGGAUAUGUUUUUGUUAAAUAAAAAAUUAAUUCUACUUCCAAUUCGCAAUUUAAAAAUUUUAUGUAUGUGCAGAUUUCUUUAUUCUUACUUAAUGAAUAAUUUUUUCUUCUUAGAGAAAAAAUAUUUCAUCAGAAACCUAAAUUAUUCAGAUAUUAUUGAUUAUCAAAGAUACUUGUAUAAUAAUGAAAUAAAAGAUAAUUUUAUUUUUUUAAAAAAAAAAAAAAAUAUGUCAAAUACAAAUUCCAAAAAAAAUGUAGAAGAAAAAAUAAAUGUUAGAAUUACAAGUGAUGAAAAUGGAAAUGAAAUUAGAAGUGAUAAAAAUAGAAAUAAUAAAAUUGAAAAUAACGAAAUAGAUAAGGAUGAAAUAGAUAAAGAUGAAAUAAAUAAAGAAAUAAUAAUAAAUGAAAAAAUAAAAAAAUAUAAAAUUAUAAAUAAUGAACUUCAAGAUGAUAUAUUCUCUAAUAAUGAAGCAGAAAAAAAUUAUUGUUUACUUAAUAAAGAGAAAGUUUUAAAUUCAUUGAACUAUAAAAAUUUUACUCACUAUAAUUUUGAUCCAUCUCUAAAAGCAAAAAAGAUUCAAAUUUAUUAUAAUUGUGAAAUGUAUGAUAUGGAAAGAAAAAUUAAAAAAAUAAAAAAUCUUUUAUCAAGUGGUUAUCCAGUGGAUAUUCUCUUAAUUUACAACACUGAUAAUAGUAUCAACAAAAACUUAAAAAAAAACAAAAAAUUUAAAGAAGAUGAAAAUGAAAAUAAUAGAAAUUUUGAAAUUAAUAAAAUAAAAAGAUUUGUUGAAACACAAGAAAUGAAACAAACGAAAUACUCUUUACAUGUAUACAUUAAAAUAAAUUUAAUAUUAAAUCAUUUAAAAAGUAUUUCUACUGUAGAUCAGAUUUUUAGACAUUUUAAAAACAGAAACCAUAUUAUUCUAAUUAAAACAUAUCCUAAGUGA